AAGCUGCAUUUUAACAAGGUUAAGCAUUGGCUGCAGCAGCACUCACAGCAUCCCUCAUCCCCCCAUCUCUCACUCUCUCUCCCCCCAUCUCUCACUCUCUCUCUCUCUCUGACUGCUGACUGAGGCAUCCUGCAAACACAGGCUGGGAGAGCUCUACUCUGCUGUGGCUCUGACCGAGACAUCUUUCUCUUGCUGGAUAAACUCUCUCUCCAGGCUUUCCGGGCUAUGCCAUCCUAGGAAGUUGUGGAUCCGGGUGCGGCUGGUUUUCAGGAUGAACCAAUCUGGAGGAGAGCUGGAUCUGGGGAGCUGGGUCAUCGUCCGGCUCUCCUGAGGAGGCUAGUGAGUGAUGCCUGUUUGGACCUGGAGUGAUGGGGUGCACCACCAGUGUGGUUGUGUUUGACGGACUACGUACAGUCUUAGAGAGGAACUGUGGGUACACCUGCCCGAGUGAUGCAGCCCAGCCUGUUUGGCAGACAGAGGAUGACCAAGGAGCAUGCAGCCAGGGGGAGUCCUGGGUCCCAUGGCCAAAACCUAGAGUACUGAAGGUGAAGCCCAAAGUUAUCGAACCGCUGGACUAUGAGACUGUUCUUGUCCAGAGGAAGACCCAGAUUCUCAGUGAUGUCCUCCGGGACAUGCUACAGUUCCCCCAGGAGGACUUCCAGAUUUCGACUCAGAGACGCCAAGGAAGAACUGUCUACCCCACAGUGCCUGAGAACGCUGAGAAGGAGGCGCAGAGUCUGUUUGUCCAAGAGUGCAUCAAGACCUACAACACUGACUGGCAUGUCGUUAAUUACAAGUAUGAGGACUACUCUGGGGACUUUCGGCAGCUUCCAAACAAAGUGUCCAGACCAGACAAACUGGCUGUCCACGUUUUUGAGGUUGAUGAAGAUGUCGAUAAAGAUGAGGACACAACCUCCCUAGGUUCCCAGAAAGGAGGGAUCACCAAGCAUGGCUGGCUGUACAAAGGCAACAUGAACAGUGCCAUCAGUGUCACCAUGAGGUCUUUCAAGAGGAGGUAUUUCCACCUAACCCAGCUGGGUGAUGGCUCUUACAACCUGAACUUCUACAAGGAUGAGAAGAUCUCCAAAGAACCCAAAGGAACCAUCUUCCUGGACUCAUGUAUGGGGGUUGUUCAGAAUACCAGGGUGCGGCGCUUUGCCUUUGAGCUGAAGAUGCAGGACAAGAGCACGUACCUGCUGGCUGCCGACAGCGAGGGAGAGAUGGAAGACUGGAUCGGCACUCUCAACAAGAUCCUCCACAGCAGCUUUGAGACCGCCAUGCAGGAGAAGAGGAACGGGGACAUCCACGAUGAUGACGAGCCGGGAAAGGCGGACAGUUCGUUGGGGAGUAUGGACAGCUUUCAGAGUGCAAGAGAUAUUGAAUCUAAAAUGAGGAACGAGACCAGAUUGAAACUGUUCACCUUGGAUCCGGACACACAGAAACUUGACUUCUCAGGAAUUGAGCCAGAUAUAAAGCAAUAUGAAGAAAAGUUUGGCAAGCGCAUUUUGGUCAAUUGCAAUGACCUGGCCUUCAACCUGCAGAGCUGUGUAGAGGAGAAUGACGAGGGACCAACAACAAACGUGGAGCCGUUCUAUGUGACCCUGUCGCUGUUCGACAUCCAGAAUAGCAGGAAGAUCUCAUCAGACUUCCACGUGGACCUGAACCACCCGUCCGUUAGACAGCUGGUGGCCAACCCCAGCAGCCAGUACAUGAACGGGGGUGGGGACGCCUUGCUGGGGGUGCAGAGGGGGGUCCACGGUCUGCCUGAAGAGGCCAUGCUGUACCCCAGACAGGGAGUGUUCUCUGUAACGUGUCCACACCCAGAUAUCUUCCUGUUAGCUCGCAUUGAGAAGGUCCUCCAGGGAGGAAUCACACACUGUGCUGAGCCCUACAUGAAGAGCUCAGACUCCACCAAGGUUGCACAGAAGGUUCUGAAAAAUGCCAAAUUGUCUUGCAGCCGGUUGGGCCAGUACAGGAUGCCUUUUGGAUGGGCCGCCAGGCCUCUGUUCAAAGAUGCAUCAGGGACGUUGGACAAAAGUGGUCGUUUCUCCGCCAUCUACAGACAGGACAGUAACAAGCUGUCCAACGACGACAUGUUGAAACUGCUGGCUGACUUCAGAAAGCCAGAGAAGAUGGCCAAGCUCCCUGUAAUCUUAGGAAACCUAGACGUUACCAUUGAUGAUGUUGCCCCUGACUUGACAAAUUGUAUUAGCUCAUCCUAUAUUCCUGUGAAGACUUUUGAUAGCAGUGAGAAGACGAACAUCUUCUUUGAAGUGGAGGAGUUUGUUCCCUACAUAGCCAAGUGCUCCCAGCCGUUCACCAUCUACAACAAUCACCUCUAUGUCUACCCCAGGCACCUGAAGUACGACAGCCAAAAAUCUUUCGCAAAGGCUAGAAACAUAGCUGUCUGCAUCGAGUUCAAGGACUCUGACGAAGAGGAGGCUGUUUCGCUCAAGUGCAUCUAUGGUCGACCAGGAGGACCCCUGUUUACAGAGAAUGCCUCUGCUGCAGUAUUACAUCACCAGCACAGCCCAGAGUUUUAUGAUGAGUUUAAGAUUGAGCUUCCCACUCAGCUCAAUGAGAAGCACCAUCUGCUCUUCACCUUCUUCCACGUCAGCUGUGACAGCAACAGCAAGGCCAGCACCAAGAAGAGAGACGUGGUGGAGACACAAGUGGGUUACGCCUGGCUCCCUCUGCUGAAGGAUGGCAGGGUGAUCAUGAAUGAGAGUCACGUCCCGGUGGCUGCCAACCUGCCCACUGGCUACCUCAGCUGUCAAGAGGUUGUCAGCAAGCAGCAUCCUGAAAUCAAAUGGGUGGAUGGAGGCAAGCCUUUGUUCAAGGUGUCCACUCACCUUGUCUCCACUGUGUACACUCAGGAUCAACAUUUGCACCAUUUCUUUGCCCACUGUCAGAGCACAGAGUCUGCAGCCCAGGUGACAGGAGGAGAGCUGGUCAAGUAUCUGAAGAGUCUACACGCUAUGGAGAGUUCUGUGAUGAUACACUUCCUGCCCACCACUCUCAACCAGCUCUUCCGUGUGUUGACCAGUGCCACCCAUGAGGAGGUGGCUGUCAACGUCACCAAAGUCAUGAUUCACAUUGUUUCCCAGUGCCACGAAGAGGGGCUGGAACACUACCUACGAUCAUAUGUCAAGUAUGUGUUUAAGACCGAGCCAUACACAUCCUCUACCACGAGAACAGUACAUGAGGAGCUGGCCAAAGCCAUGACUGCAAUUCUAAAGCCUUCCACAGACUUCCUCACCAGCAACAAGCUGCUCAAGUACUCGUGGUAUUUCUUCGAAGCCUUAGUGAAGUCCAUGGCACAGUACUUGAUUGAGAGCAGUAAAGUGAGGCUGUCCAGGAACCAGCGUUUCUCGGCCGGUUUCCACCACACGGUGGAGACCCUGGUCAACAUGAUGAUGCCCCACAUCACCCAGAAGUACAAGGACAACUUGGACGCAGCCCGCAACGCCAACCACAGCCUGGCUGUCUUCAUCAAGCGCUGUUUGACCCUCAUGGACAGAGGCUUUGUCUUCAAGCAGAUCAACCACUACAUCCACUGCUUUGUGCCAGGAGACCCCAGGACUCUGUUUGAGUUCAAGUUUGAGUUCCUGCGUGUCAUAUGCAAUCACGAGCACUACAUCCCCUUGAAUCUGCCCAUGCCUUUUGGAAAUGGGAGGAUACAGAGAUUUCAAGACCUCCAGUUAGACUACUCGCUGACAGACGACUUCUGUAAGAACCACUUCCUAGUUGGGCUGCUGCUGCGGGAGGUCGGCGGGGCCUUGCAGGAGUUCCGGGAGAUCCGUCAGAUAUCCAUCCACGUGCUCAAGAACCUGAUGGUCAAGCACACCUUUGACGAGCGCUACACCUCCAAGAGUCAGCAGGCUAGGUUGGCCACCCUUUACCUGCCCCUGUUCGGUCUGCUCCAGGAGAACGUCCACAGGCUCAACGUGAAGGAAGUUUCCCCAUUCACCAUCAACUACUCCAACAACAAUGGAAGAGAUGAUCCACUCUUGGGCAACACCGUGAUAAUGACGCCUCCGAGGUCCAGUACUUUUUUCGACAACAGUUUGCACAAGGAUUUGUUUGGAGUCAUCUCUGGCACCGCCUCCCCUCAUGCAUCCUCUACCCCCAACGUUAACUCUGUCCGCCACGCUGACUCCCGGGGCUCCCUAAUCAGCACUGACUCUGGAUACAGCCUUCAUGAGAAGAGCAACGAUAAGAGCAACUCUCUGGACAAGAGCCAGCCAGCGUCAGCUCUGAGCGGCAGCCUGCUGCGUUGUGACAAGCUGGACCAGGCUGAGAUCAAGAGCCUGCUCAUGUGCUUCCUCCACGUCCUCAAGAACAUGUCUGAGGAUGCUCUGUUUACCUAUUGGAACAAGGCCUCGUCUACUGAGCUCAUGGACUUCUUCACUCUAGUAGAAGUGUGUCUCCAUCAAUUCAGAUAUAUAGGAAAGAGAUGCAUCGCAAGGAGCCAGGAAGGGGUGGGACCCAUAGCAGCACAUGAGCGGAAGUCUCAGACUCUGCCUGUGUCCCGUAACAGGGCGGGAAUGAUGCAUGCCCGCUUACAGCAACUCAACAGCCUGGAUAACUCAUACACUUUUAACCACACCUAUAGCCACUCUGAUGCUGACGUGCUGAACCAAUCGGUUCUGGAGGCUAACAUCGCCACGGAGGUCUGCCUCACCGUGCUGGACACGCUCAGCAUCUUCAUCGUGGGAUUCAAGACCCAGCUCUGUUCGGACCAUGGCCACAACCCGCUCAUGAAGAAGGUGUUUGAGGUGCACCUCUGCUUCCUACAAAUUAACCAAUCAGAGACGGCCCUCAAGCAGGUCUUCACCUCGCUGCGCACCUUCAUCUACAAGUUCCCCUGCACCUUCUUCGAGGGCCGAGCGGACAUGUGUGCUUCGUUCUGCUACGAGAUCCUGAAGUGCUGCAACUCCAAGCUGAGCUCCAUCCGCAGCGACGCCGCCCACCUCCUCUACUUCCUCAUGAAGAGUAACUUUGACUACACCGGACGCAAGUCCUUCGUCCGCACUCACCUACAGGUGGUGAUCGCCGUCAGUCAGCUGAUUGCUGACGUCAUCGGUAUCGGAGGAACCCGCUUCCAGCAGUCCCUGUCCAUCAUCAACAACUGUGCCAACAGUGACAAGACAAUCAAGAACACCGCCUUCCCAUCAGAUGUGAAGGACCUGACAAAGCGGAUCAGGACGGUCCUGAUGGCCACGGCUCAGAUGAAGGAGCAUGAGAGGGACCCGGAGAUGCUGGUGGAUCUGCAGUACAGCCUAGCCAAGUCCUACGCCAGCACGCCCGAGCUCCGCAAGACCUGGCUGGACAGCAUGGCCCGCAUCCAUGUGAAGAAUGGAGACCUGUCCGAGGCAGCCAUGUGUUAUGUGCACGUGGCAGCCCUGGUGGCCGAGUAUCUCCGGAGGAAAGGCAUGUUCAAGCAGGGCUGCUUAGCCUUCCGAGUGGUCACCCCCAACAUUGAUGAGGAGGUAUCUAUGAUGGAGGAUGUGGGCAUGCAGGAUGUCCACUUCAACGAGGAUGUCCUGAUGGAGCUGUUGGAGGAGUGUGCUGACGGCCUGUGGAAGGCUGAGCGCUAUGAGCUCAUCUCAGACGUCUACAAGCUCAUCAUCCCCAUCUAUGAACAGGGGAGGGAUUUUGAGAAACUGUCUCACCUGUAUGACACACUCCAUCGUGCCUACAUCAAAGUGACAGAGGUCAUGCACACGGGCAAGAGGCUGCUGGGAACCUACUUCAGAGUGGCUUUCUUUGGCCAGGCAGCGCAGUACCAGUUUACUGACUCUGAGACUGAGGGAUUCUUUGAGGAUGAAGAUGGUAAGGAGUACAUCUACAAAGAACCCAAAUUCACCCCACUGUCAGAGAUAUCUCAGAGGCUACUCAAGCUCUACUCUGACAAGUUCGGCCCGGAGAAUGUCAAGAUGAUUCAGGACUCUGGGAGGAUCAACCCUAAAGAUCUGGACUCUAAGUACGCCUACAUCCAGGUGACCCACGUUACCCCGUUCCUGGAAGAGAAGGAGCUGAUGGACAGGAAGACAGACUUUGAGAAGAGCCACAACAUCCGGCGCUUUGACUUCGAGAUGCCCUUCACCGUGUCGGGGAAGAAGCAGGGAGGGGUGGAGGAGCAGUACAAACGCAGGACCAUCCUGACCACAACCCACUGUUUCCCCUAUGUGAAGAAGCGUAUUGCGGUGAUGUACCAGCACCACACAGACCUGAACCCCAUAGAGGUGGCUAUAGAUGAGAUGAGCAAGAGGUUGACCGAGCUAAGACAGCUAGUUGCCACCAGCGAGGUGGACAUGAUCCGCCUGCAGCUCAAACUACAAGGCAGCAUUAGUGUCCAGGUAAAUGCUGGUCCCCUCGCAUAUGCCCGAGCUUUCCUGGAUGAUGCCAGCACCAAGAAGUACCCUGACAACAAGGUCAAACAACUUAAAGAGGUCUUCAGGCAGUUUGUGGAGGCGUGUGGCCAUGGCCUGGGCAUCAACGAGCGGCUGAUUAAAGAGGACCAGCAGGAGUACCAUGACGAGAUGAAGGCCAACUACAGAGAUCUGGCCAGAGAGCUGUCUGCCAUCAUGCACGAGCCAAUCAUUCCAGUAGAGGAUGGCAUGAAGAGCGUUCUUCCAGACUCACUGCACAUCUUCAACGUCAUCAGUGGUACCCCCAGCGGUGCCACCAUCGUGGGCAUGCCCAACUCCUCCUCUGUGGUGUGAGACCCACCCGGGAUUGGAUGACUCCUGACCUCAACGCUCUGUGCCAGCACUGCCAUGAGUGGCCAUUCCUGCUUUUCUGUUCUCCUUAUCAUCAAGUUUGCUUCUGGCUAAACUGGGACAAUAUUGAUGUUCUGUUCAUUUUCUCUCACACCUUCUCUGGCUUGUCCAAUGGGCCAGGACAAAGGACUGUGUUACACUGUUGUAUAGAGUACAGUCACUCUGUGGAGGAUGGGACCAGGGACAUUCAUCCAUGAGGAUUGAUUGAAUACAUAAUUUAAACAUUCACAGUGUAGGUUGGAAAAAGUAUGUGAACCCCUAGGCUAAUGACUUCUCCAAAAGCUAAUUGGAGUCAGGAGUCAGCUAACCUGGAGUCCAAUCAAUGAGAUGAGAUUGGAGAUGUUGGUUAGAGCUGCCUUGCCCUAUAAAAAACACUCACAAAAUGUAUUUGAGUUUGCUGUUCACAAGAAGCAUUGCCUGAUAUGAACCAUGCCUCGAACAAAAGAGAUCGCAGAAGACCUAAGAUUAAGAUUUGUCGACUUGCAUAAAGCUGGAAAGGGUUACAAAAGUAUCUCUAAUGGCCUUGAUGUUCAUCAUUCCACGGUAAGACAAAUUGUCUAUAAAUGGAGAAAGUUCAGCACUGUUGCUACACUGUGUAUGUCUAUUGUUGUGAAUUAGAUGAAAAUCAGAUCAAAUUUUAUGUCAUUUAUGCAGAAAUCCAGGUAAUUCAAAAGGGUUCACAUACUUUUUCUUGCCACUGUAUAUGACAUCACUGGUAGUGUUUCCUGUGGAGCCGUCCCCAUAGGGAUCCUUAAAGCGACAGAAAUGUGCAUGUGAUGUCACUAGCUCUCUGUUUGUUUCAAUCCUUUGUCUUCUGCUCUGAACUCUUCAAGUGAUUUUCUAUGUAUUGAUGUCUUGACGAACAUUAUAAACCAGGUGGUUUGAGCCCUGAAUGCUGAUUGGCUGAAAGCUGUGGUAUAUCAGACCAUUUACCACGGGUAUGACAAAAACAAAUAUUUUUACUUUUUUAAUUACGUUAGUAACCAGUUUAUAAGAGCAAUAAGGCACCUCAGGGGUUCGUGGUAUAUGGCCAAUAUAGCACGGCUAAUGGCUGUAUCCAGGCACUCCAUGUUGCAUCGUACAUAAGAACAGCCCUUAGCCGAGGGAAUAUUGGCCAUAUACUAGACCCCUGAUGUGCCUUAUUGCUUAAAUAUAUGCUGCAUACAUUGGCAUUCAUCUCUCUGUACAUGUACACAAAGUCUUGUUAUAUUUCUACAAAGCUGCAAUUUAUUGGAAAAAGAGCCUCCUAUGAAAAAGUUAGCGUUCAACCGUAAUCACUUAAAUGUCUUAGAAUGGGAUUUUUUUUAAAUAUAUUUAAAGCCAUUGCAUAUAAGUAUAUUCCAAGCUGUUUAUUCAUGUAUAUAAAAAAGGAGUGCAAUAUUUGUAAUUUGCAAGGUACAGUGUCUUGCAGUGUUGGGUUCAAUAAUACAUUGUAAGGAUUAUGUUCAUCCUUCUUUUCAAAGCAAUUCUAGUGUUUAUUCAGAGACCUACUGUGGAAGUUAUAUUAAGCUUUUACCAUUUGAGUGUUUAUUCAAAUGUUAAAGAAAUCAUUUUAUAUUUGGGAAGCAAUGGGUUUUUAAUUUUUAUUUAACAGAAAGUCACUUUUCUGCUGUAAACAGAAAUGUUCUCUAAUGCUUUUCUUUUCAAUAAAAUUCACUCAUUCCUCUUCA